AUGGGAGCCACCUGCUCUGACAGGCACCGGGAAGAACACGACUGUCCCGGACCGCAGCAGCUGCUCCAGAACCGCGGGCACCGGGCGAGAGCGAUGGCUCAGCAGCACGUUCCGAGCGUCACCCGGGCGUACACCACAGCCUGCUUCCUCACCACAGCCGCUGUGCAGAUGCAACUGGUCAGCCCAUUCCAGAUUUAUUUCAACCCAGAUCUGAUCUUCAAAAGGCUACAGAUUUGGAGAUUAGUAACCAAUUUUCUGUACUUUGGAGAGCUGAGUUUCAGUUUUCUUUUCAAUAUGGUUUUUACGUAUAGAUAUUCUAAAAUGUUAGAAGAAACGUCCUUUAGGGGGCGCACAGCGGAUUUUGUAUUCAUGUUUCUCUUUGGAGGACUCAUCAUUACCACAUUUGGUCUUUUUGUCAAUCUCUUGUUCCUGGGUCCGGCUUUUACUCUGAUGUUGAUGUACGUUUGGUGCCGCAGAAAUCCUUUGGUCCGAAUCAACAUCCUUGGACUUGUGACAGUUCAGGCCCCUUACCUGCCCUGGGUGUUUAUAUGCAUCUCCGUACUAGUGGGCGAUUCCAUCCUUGUGGAUGCACUAGGCAUCGCAGCUGGGCACAUUUACUUCUUUCUUGAGGAUGUUUUCCCAAACCAACCAGGGGGAAAGAAGCUGUUAGUUACGCCAUUAAUUCUGAAACAACUAUUUGAUGAUCCUCCCUCAGACCCCAACUACAACCCUUUACCAGAAGAUAUAAGAAACCAAUGGGACACUGAUCAACAGCCUCAAGAUGACUAAAGCAAGGGUACGGCCACACGGUCAGGUUUCUCCAUGCAGUUUUGGAAGCCAAAAUCAAAACUGGGUCAUAAAAGGAGAGAACGUAUACGACUAUUUUUUUUA